UGCCUGUGUAGCAUUUGAAAUGUGCUCUCAGCUGCAGACCCAGAAUCAGCCUGUGGAGUUCCUGUUUCUCUUUGAUGGCUCACAUUCAUAUGUGGCAGCGUACACACAGAGCUACAGAGCCAAGCUAACACCCGGCAACGAGUCUGAGGCUGAGACUGAAGCCUUGUGUGCCUUCAUCCAGCAGUUCACUGGCAUUGAAUACAACAAGCUUUUGGAGACUCUGCUCCCGCUGUCAGACCUGAAUGCACGCGUCAGUGUGGCCGUGGACCUAAUCACCUCCGCUCACAAGGACAUCGACCGAGACUCACUGCACUUUGCAGCCUCCGCCUUCUACUACAAGCUAAAGGCUGCUGAUGCAUAUGUACCUACUGCAAAAUACCACGGCAGCGUGAAGCUGCUGCGCGCCGAAACCAGCAGCGAAUAUGAGCAAAACCUGGGAGCUGACUAUAAGCUCAGCGAGGUCUGUGAUGGCGAGGUGUCGGUCCACGUCAUCAAGGGAGAUCACCACACUUUCCUAGAAGGCGCGGGGGCGGAGUCUAUCAAGAACAUCAUUCAUAACUCGCUGGCUGAGCGAGCUGUCAAACCAAGGGAGGGUUAAACAUCCACCGUCUCUUCACCCUAAUUCCUCAGCUUUCCCCAAACUAGACUGUAAAUGUGUCGUUAUAGGAAGUGUUUGCACUGCUUAUGUUUACACGCUACUGUUAUCCUAAUAUCCCAAAUGUUAAUGGUUAGUGAACCAGUCGACAUCCCAUCAUCUCACAGCUCCAUCGAUUCCAACUGCAAGUUUUGUUUUUUGUUGCCAUAUGUUGUUGUUUGCAGAAGUUCAUCCCACAACAAAAUAACGUGGUUAAAAAAUUAAUGUAACAAAGUAACAAACACUGACACAUUGAUUGAAUCCUGAAUUACAUAACAUCACUCAAAUUGGUGUUUCUGCUCAUGCAGACAUCAGUAGACAGGCAAACGCGCUGCGACCAGCCUGAUGAGCGACUGUGGAGGGAGGGCUGACCCUGCAGCCGUGUUUCUGCACACUAACUACUCGUAACACAAGUUGGAGGCAUUUCUUUAUUUUGUGAUAUUUGUUUACUUUUCAGUCAUGUGACCACACAGUCAUCAGUUACAGUGGCAACCAGCAAAUGUUUACGUUGUCAAUAAGUUAACAACAAAUUAAGUGUUUCAUAAACUGUGUUUUAACAAUGACACUCGUGUUACUGUAAUUUACAGACCAGUUAUUUCACUAAUUCAGAAGAAAAACUGCUUCUCUUCAUGAUGGACUGUGUCAAACACACGCUGUUGUUCUGACAGACGCCUGUGACAGAGGCGUCGCUAAGGACCAAAUGUGUCUCUUCAGAGGUUAAUCAGAGAUGUGAAUGAUCACUGUAACAGUGAGAUCAUAUUUACUGAUGUAACCUCUGAGAAACUGUUUCCUUUUAAAGGCUUUGGUCCAGAGAUCUAAAACCUCAGCAAAUAAUCCAAACCUGAGUACAACAGCUGGCCUGAGACCUGUGAUUGGGUCAGUGAAGGAAGCUGCUGAUUGGAGAUGAAUGUGCUGAGGAGUCACAGUACGAUGGACGUGACAAUAAAGGCCUCUGUGUUUUAUUGUAACAUUUCUGUUAUGUUUUGUAGGACUAAUAAGGGCCUCAACAGUCGCUCAGUGUUUUCCUUCAUUGUAACGAGCCUGUCCCGUUGGAUCUAUGAUUCCUGUGCUUUUGUUGUCGUUACUAUUUCUGAUCAUUUAUCUUGUAAAUAUAGUUUUUGGGUUUUGUUUUUUAGAGGAUGGGUCAGUUUAUCAGGGACUGAAACACAAAUCCUGUUGGCCCAGAAAAUUCUUAGUCGCUGUUGGCGCCACCCGACCGUUUAGUUCAGACCAUUAAAGUAACGACUGGUUCUAUAUGACACUUUUCUACAUGCAACAAAGGUGGUGAUGGAAGGAGGAGAACAAACUUUUUUGUCUGUAUUUAAUAGCACAAUGAAGACCAGACAGCAAAGCAGGGAGGGAGAAAUAAAGGGCCUCAGGUCAGAGUUGAACCCGGCCGCAGCAUUUACCCCAUGACCAGGUGACGUGGUCACCCGCCCGACCCUUACGCACAGCAGUAUUUCACUUCAGCUACCAGGAGUAUGUGGGUCGAGCAUGCAGACUGAACUUUAGCUGCAUGUUAGAAAGCCGAGUUUAUGAAUGAAGGCUAGAACAAAUGUCCCGGCUGAAGGAGGAGGGGCUGCAGAGGUGUAUAAACACAGGUGGGCGGGGCAGGGCUAGUGUGCAGGAUGACUCAGUGACCUACACUGACCCGUGUUGGUGAACAUUUUGUUAAAGUUAAAUGUUUUCAAGCUGACAAGUAAAUUAUCCAGCGAGCUAAGUUGAGCUGACCGACGUGCAGUAAGGUUUUCAUGCUCUUCACUAACAGCUGAUCGCUGAGAAUAUAUCAACAGUAAUAAUGUCCUGUAAUUCCCACGGCUCUGUAUGUCACACCUGCGUAUGCUUCCCCAUCACAUUCAUCACCUGUUCCUCUGGUGUCUCUGAUUGGAGCACGCAGGUGUGUGGAGCAGAGUGAAAUCACACACCUAAUGCUGUUUUAUUCAACCUGGAUCUUGGAAGUUUUGAUUAA